AUUUAUGGCUGAAAAGCGGAAUUGGCAGCCCUGAUCGAACAUACCGCACAAUCAUUACCUUUUUUUAUGCUAAAUCGCACUCCAAAAUCCUAAAUUGGUACUUUCCCUACUUCCCCGCACAACAUGGCCGGAUCGAAUCUGCUGACUCAACUGGACAGCAUUGACCUCAACGAUCUGGUCUAUGUGGAGCGUGACCUAAGCGUUGCCCAAAAGGUAGGCCUUUGCUUCCUGCUUUAUGGAGACGAUCAUUCGGACGCCACCUACAUACUGCAGAAACUAUUGGCCAUGACUCGAUCAGACUUCCGGCAAAGCAAUUUGCUAAUGCAAUACGCCAAAUCCCGGCCAGAAGCCUGGAAAAGAAACCUCGUAGAGGCUCUGUGCAUCGUUGGGGCCCGCCAGGUGCUCCGCAGACUGGGUUUUCAUUGGCAUGAGCUUCGAAUGCACUAUUUGCCACAUAUUAAUGGAAUUACCCUGCAUAUUCAUCCUCUUUUAAAGAGUCUCUAUAAGAUCUGUGAGGAGUUGUCGCUGGCGCAGAGUGGUCGCUUGGUCCUGGAUGUUGGCGAGAAGGUGGCGCGACAGGAGGCAGGAGAUCCUCUUCGAUUCUACGAUCACACUUACCUGGAGGUAUUCCUGCUAGACUGGCUGACCAGGAGAUGUAUACGUCUGGGAGACAUAAAUGCCACGGGCAGCGAUGUUCAGCUGCUAAUCGAGCACCUUAAGUUAAAUGAUUUGAAGGAGCAAGCCAAGUUGCUUAUAGACACAGUCAAUAGCAACGCUCCGGACCAGGAUCAUGUGGUGGCUCCCCCCCUGACCAUCAAGCGAGAGACGCAAUCGGACAACCAGCAAUCGGCUUCCACAGUCCAGGCGGCUUCCUCAAGUGCUUCUAUCCGGCGAGGGAAUGCCCUCCAGUUAAGUCGGGAAAAUGCAGGAAUCGUUUUAAUUAUCAACCAGAAGCGGUUCCACCGAGACGUCAGCCAAGAUCUUGAGAAAUAUCUAUCGCCUAGACAAUUAAAAAAACGCGAUGGGACGGAUGUGGAUAAGAACCGACUAGUAGAGGUAUUUUCGUCAAUGGGUUACAAUGUGGAGUCACACGACGAUGUGGAUCACCUGCGCAUAAUGGACCUCAUUCGCAGGGCCUGCGCCAGGUCCCUAUUGCGGGAUUCACUGGUCGUGUGCAUCCUAAGUCACGGUUUUGAGGAGGCCGUCUAUGGAGCAAAUAGUAUCGCGUUGCGGAUUACGGACAUUGAAAACUUGCUCUGCAGCUACGAAACUCUUUACAAUAAGCCCAAGAUGCUAGUCAUCCAGGCUUGCCAGGAGGAGGUCAUCAAUGAAGACAAGCCAAAUCAACGGGGCUUGCCCUUUAAAAUCGAUGUGACCACGCAGUCGCCAGGUCAACAUGUUAAUAUGGUGCGGGCCAUAUCCACAGUGAAUGGAUUUCCCGCUCUGCGACACACGAAUAUGGGUAGCUGGUUCAUCCAGAGCCUGUGUGAUGCCAUCGAUCAACAUUCGGCCAGUGAACACAUUGCCGACAUCCUAAUGAUUGUAACCAACGAAGUGUCGAAGAAGCGGGGAAAGAACAACGAGUCAAUGGUGCCCAAGUCCAAUAGCACAUUUGUGCAGCACGUCUACUUGCCACCUCGCCAGUGAUCGCAAAAUUCUGUAGUUAGUAAAUGGUACAAAGAUCCAUCUCAAAAACCGAUACGACUGUUACGCCGUUUUUUCCUUUUUGACCACUUUUAAAUAUAUGAAUUCAUAUUUGUUGCAAGCGA